AUGGAAUCGCCAGUGAGAAUAUGUUUAGGUGCAGCAUUAGUAGUAAAUUUACUACUGUUGAGCAGCACAGCAGUUAGCGGCAACGCUAUACCCGAUACGACAUCUACGACUGUCAAAGAUGAGAGGGCGCCACGGUACAGCCGUGUCAACGGCACCUGGCUUGCGAGGAACCGACCCAAGACUCCAGACGUCUCCCUUAACGAACUAAACCCUAAAGACUCCACAUCUGAAGAACACACAGAAAAAAACGCAAAAUACAAGGACAGGGGAAGAGUACGAUUCAAUGCACAGAUCAAAUCUAGCUCAGAAAGUCCAAGAAGAAGAGUAAAAUCCACAGAAACCACCCCCAACUUAGUAAUAGUAACUCCUACGCCAGAAGUAAAAAGACCCGCGGAAAUUGUAGACAGUAUGCAAAAAUAUAAGAAAACAAAACUGCCAAAUUUGAUUAGCAGUACAACUCCUUUUAGUGUGAAGAAAGAAGUUCACAGUGAAGAAGUUUCCGAGGAAGAAGUGGAAGCUGAAGAUGAAGAAAAGGAAUCUUUUGAGAGAUUCACUUCUGGAAAUUUUGAUAGCACUUUCUUUACUAUACCCAGUUUUAACUACGGAAGUGACUUCACUCAUGACUCGGACAACGAGAGCUCUGACAAUAAAGUAAAGAAUGAGUACAGUAGUCCGACAUAUGGAGGCUUCUCUAGCUUCUACCCUCGUGAAGCAUCAUACGGCUACAAAGAUACAACUCAUGAUAUAUUUAAAUCUGAAUCUUUCUUUGAUUUCGACUCCGAGUUAACGACGCCGAAAAACGAUUACUUCGACAAGAAGUUUCAACGGAUCUCUUCAAGUAUUAUUAACAAUUUAGAUACUAUGAAAGCUAAAGCUACUCCUUCCAAUACGCCUAAUAUCCAAAUUAUAAAGGAAAAUAUUGGUAUGGAGAAACUAGGUAAUAAUACGCCGACUAACAGGUCGUCAGUCUUUAUUAAAAACACCAAAGAAAUUCGUCUCUUAGAUAAUGAUGGUGCUGAUAGUUCCAAAAAAGAGUUAUCUGAUGUACAAGGUACAAGUAUAUACUAUGAAAUGUCUGUCUUAUCCACUGAAACCUAUGCUAUCACUCAUGACGACGACUGCGAUAAUGAAUCUGUACCUGUACCGACACCGAGUACGUCCGUAGAAGAAGAAUUAGCGUCUGUCAAAGCCUCAAAACAUCCAGUGCAAGCAGCGACUCGGCCGCCACUGCCUGAUCCUAGCCCUGAGAGUAUAUCCGUAUCACCUACUAGUUAUCUGCCUCUAUCUAGUGGGAUACCCCUUAUAGAUUCAAUAAAUUCUAUUCCAGUUUCUACUCAAAAUUCCAUAUCAUCGACGGAAAGAGUAACUAAAAAGUUUUCCAGUAGCUUCAACAGACAUCGAACUUAUUCGAAACGUCUUAAUAUAAAUAGUAAUAAUGACUCUCCUAAUAGUGUGACACCGAAACCUGAUAAUGUAAUUCUUUCAACUCCUAGUCCAAGGCUUGCAUUACGUAAAUUCCAUCAUACAACUCCUAAAACGAAACCUAUUUGGAUGGUGCCAAGACGAAAUUUUACCAGACCAUACGUUCGACCAACGAAUCCCACGACGAUAUACUCUGAGCAUUUUAGUGUGAAAGAAAAGACAACACCUCAACCGCGGCAGCCGAGUCGGACAAUGUUGACGACAGUUUCUUCAGAUAUCGAUCCUGUAUUACAAAGCGAAAUAAGUGGAACUAAGAAGGUGGUGCAUUCUCAGUCGAUAUCUGAUAAUACGGUUCCAAGUUUGUGGAAACGGGGUUCAACGAAAUUCGCAUCGUCAACGGCGUCCUCGACUGAAGUUGAGACAGAGAAUGAGACGGAGAGUGAGUGGCAGAUACCUCCAACAUCGACAGCAUGGGCUCUAGCCAGUCUACGCAGCCCUCCACCUGCACCUGGAUCAGCGAACAAAACCUCAACACAGAAGAGCGUCGAUGAAAAUGAAUUGCAGAAAGUUGGAGAAGUUUUAGACAAAAAGGAAAUAAUGAGUGCAACCACAACAUCAACAACAGCGAGCACAAUUAGUAACGAUAUCAUUCCAAAGAAGGUCACAGAACUUGAGCAGAACAAAUUAACGUGGCAGCCUAUAUUUGCUUCAACUUCUCCAAAUUUUGAAGUAAAAACAGAAAGCACAACUGAGACUAAAUCCGAUUUAAGACUACCAGCUGAAAGUAAUAUUUCUCUUCAAAGUAGUGAAAAACCAGCUACUACGGACAGGUCAAAUUCUAUUGAAAAUCAAACAGAAGAGUCUUGGGUUUCCGCAACAGUUGAAUCAGAAGCAUCUACGGAUAAAAAGACAAUUCCACCAGUUGAUACAACGAAGUCAACUGGUUUUGAAUCAAUUACGAAACUACCAGCAGAUGUCACUACACCGCAAGAUGAAUCUGUCGCUAGUUCGGAACUCAACCAGACAGUGACUGAGGAAAAACCUAGGACUACUACUGAUUAUGAAAUUACUACAAUUAGAUUUUCUUAUGUACCAACUGAGACGGUUGAUACUGAGUCGCCUCCCAUUCGCAGCACCACGCCUAGUAUGUGGCAUCCUGUUUUCCCGACUAGGACAAGAAUAACUACUAUAAAGGAUAGCCCUGUCACUACAUACAGACCUAAAUACUUAACGACGGAAGCUGUAGAGGAAUCUACAACUACUAUUAUUGAAACUACAUCACCUAUAGAAGUUUCGUCUCAAAUAUUGGAAAGUACUACGAAACAGGUGUUUGAAACUACAACUCCAACGGAAUCUCCUACGACGACGACUGAUAUUCCAACUGAAACUUCUACAACUAUAGAAGUUAGUACUCAACCUACAACACAAGAGGUGACUACUGAGGUGACUACAUUGGGACUAUUAUCACAGUCCACUACAGUAAGUCCGACUGAAGAGACAACGCCAGCAGAUACCACUCCAGUUCCAUCAGCUGCAUCAAGUACAACCAGUGAAAUGGAAGACACAACGACAAUAGUAGUAGAAAUCGUAACAGAAAUAAACACUGAAAGAGAACAGAGAAUUUCUACAUCAACAGAAACAUCAGAAACCACUGAAACAUCAAGUGAAUCACAAGAGACUGACUGCACUGAAGAGAGUAGCGGUAGCAAUGAAGUUAUUACUCAAGAAACUGUGAAACCUGUUACAGCUCAAAUUACAACUGAAGCUGUUACUACAAUUCCUACAACUGUUGUUCCCGUGACGAUAAUUAUAGAAAACGUGACGACACAGCUUAUUACCACGAUGCGUGCUACCACGAUGCCUACUACCACGAUGCGUGAAGAAACGACAACUCAGCAAAAUGCAAAAAUUCACGAUACAACGGUGGUUAUAACUACAACGGUGAUAGAUGAUGCUAUGAAAACCGGCAAUGGAAUAGAUGAAGGGACAAGUUACCCAGGAGAGAUGACUACUGAGGCGUCGUCCAGGGUGCUUGGUGAUGAAGAGGAUAGUGGAUCAGGAGCUGCUGUUGCCAUCGCAGUCAGUACUAUUGGAGUUAUCGCGCUGAUACUGCUCAUUGGAUUGCUGCUGGUGGUUCGUCGUCGUGGUCGUCGUGGUAUUUAUGCCCAGCGCUGUACUCCAGUCUCCCUGGACGCUUACAGCCUGGACAGCGUCAGCGUCGGCCACAGGAAGGGUAACCACCGUCUCCGGGCCAGUAAGAGGAGCUACGGGAACCCUGCUUAUGAUGACGAGGUCACCUCCCAUCCAAUGCAGUACGCAGCUCUAGCAAAUUUUGCGAUGGACAUAGAAUCCAUGACGGCAGAGUUUUCAGAGAUUCCCUCAGUGACUGUCAGGCCUGAUGAGGUGCCUCCAGGUUGUGAGGACAAGAACCGAUACUCCAAUGUCCUCCCACUACCAGAGACCAGGGUUCCUCUGAAAAGGCUCGGCAAUGACCCUACUACAGAGUACAUUAAUGCCAAUUUUGUAACGGGUCCAGGCAACAUUCGCAACUACUACAUAGCAACUCAGGCGCCGCUCUCUAACACUGUCGUAGAUUUCUGGCGCAUGAUAUGGGAACAAAACUCGAGACUCAUCGUCAUGCUCACUGAGUACAUGGAGAAUGGAGUUGAAAAGUGCUACGAGUACCUUCCACCGUCCGAAAUAUCGGACAACAAGCGUAUCUUCGGGAACUUCAAAAUUAUCCUGAAGAAGCGCGAACAACGUGACAAGUACGCGAUAUCCAGCGUCCAGCUCAUCAACCUGGAGACCAGGACCUGGAGGGAGAUCACACACCUCUGGUACUUCUGGCCUGCUAAGGGUGUCCCUGAUGACUACGACUCUGUCAUAGACUUCCUAUGCGAAAUGAGAAGUUACAUGAAGAUCGCGCAAACUGCUAAGGAGUAUGAUGAAGAAGGAGUGGAAGUAAUAUACGGUGAUCAGAACCGGUCUUCCUUCAGUAAUCUAUCGAAGCUGCGGAGUGAUGAGGGUGGCUCCGGUAAUGGUGUGAACGUGUACUCACCAGCUCGUGCUGAGGAGCAGUUGAGAAGAGUUGCCCCUACCAAUGGCACUCUUGGAAGGAUGAAGGCAGCUUCUGAAGUUGAAGGUAUCCGGCCGUGCGUGGUGACAUGCGCGUCGGGUGCGGGCAGGUCGGCAGCGCUGAUGGCGCUGGACGUGUGCGCGCGCGCGCUGCCGGCGGCGGCCGACGUGCCGCGCGUCGUGCGCUCUCUGCGCGCGCAGCGACCGCACUCACUCUCCAACAGGCACCACUAUAUCUUCGUCUACAAGGUGCUAAGUGAAUACGGCAACAAAAUGCUAGGCGGUGGUGUAGACACCAUCUGA